AUGUCUAACUUCAAUCACCAACAGUAUCCUCAACCCAUUUCAGCCACGGCUUCCACUUCAACAUCUUCAUAUCAAACACAACCUACAAAUCAUACUACGCAGCCUAAUUCCAGCUUUGAUGCACGAGCAUACAAGCAUGCAGCAGCCACCAUUGCUGCCCAUAAUAAUGCCCUUCAAACCCCUAUCACUACAUCCUCAAUCAUGACAUCAACCCCGGCCAUAUCACAUACAUUUGACCCACUCACCAUCGCCAAAGAAACUGCCAGGCCGCCAAGGUCAAGCGCCCACGAGGAGCAACAACCAAUCGGCCACGGGCACGCCCUACCUCAGACACUCCGGCAUAUGAUGGAUCAACACCUGCAAUCACUUUUCCGUGUGGUUUUGAAAUUUAUCACGCACCUAAAUGGGCAAAACAAAAACCGCUCUCAACCUCUCGAACAAUCAACUUGUUUCAUCCUCAAGCUUACAAAGAGUUACAUCUUUGUACCAAACGACAUCCUUGACACUCUGGACUCAGCCGGUUUUGAAUUUACUUCCUUAGGGAACCAAGAAGCUACUGCCACACCUUCAAACUUGACGUGGUGGUUCACAAAUAACAGCUCGAUCAAUCUCAUCUAUGAUCAUACCCGUUUCGAACACAACCGCACCUUGACCCCCGCUGUAGAGAUCAAGACUCCUGAAGCCCCACCUUUGACCAAUUCAGCCGCAAACAAGACACUUCUUGGUUACAAAGCCCGUUGGACACAGCCUUUAAUCCAUACCAAUGAAGAAAAGGUUGAACAAGGAGUUGAACGAUUUGGUGCAUCUCGCGAGCCUUACCUCCUUCACAGCAAACGUGGAAUUUCAUGGGAAGCUGGUCUUCAGUGGCUCCUUCAAGUUGAUGGAAACACUGUUGAAUCAGACUUCAUCGCUUACCGUUGGCAUUUGAAAGAACCUCAAAGAAGCCGUACUCACAGCAUUCAACCAAUUGACAUUUGGCACCCAAGCGGUCCAAUUGAACUUAUUAGCAAAACACCACUCAGUAAAUGCUUUGAUAAACUAAAUGCAACUCGCUCAAGGCUCUUGGUUUGUACUGAGAACACAUAG